AUGUACUCCUUGGACAGUUUGGAUCCUACAAGACCCCCAGAAGAAAAUGCCCCCAGUGUCAUGAACCACAUCACCCCUGAAGGGACCCAGUCCACUUGGGAUGGGGAUAUCCCUGCUAUUAACCAAGGUCUCAUCCCUGAAGAAUCCCCAGAGAGCAGCUUCCUUGUGGAAGGUGACAUCAUCAAGGCCCGUCCCUUCCAGAUGUUUUCUUCUGUCAGUUUCAAAUGGCCUAAGAAGGAUGGAAUUGUAGAAAUCCCAUAUCUCUUCUCCAGCAAAUAUGAUCAGCCCAGCCGGGAAGUCAUUCUGGAGGCCUUUGCUGACUUUGAGCACUUCACUUGUGUUAGGUUUGUUCCCCGGACAAACCAGAAGGACUUUGUUUCCAUCAUCCCUAUGUCUGGGUGCUUCUCCAGUGUGGGACACAGUGGCGGGAUGCAGGUGGCCUCACUGGCCUCCUUCUGUCUCCAGAAGGGCAAAGGCAUCGUGCUUCAUGAGUUCAUGCAUGUGCUGGGAUUCUGGCACGAGCAUUCCCGGGCUGAUCGGGACCGUUACAUCCACAUUUCCUGGAAAGAGAUCCGGCCAGGCUUUGAAAUCAACUUCAUCAAAUCCCAGAACAGCAACAUGCUGGUGCCCUAUGACUACACAUCCGUGAUGCACUAUGGGAGAUAUGCUUUUAGCAAGAACGGUAACACCACCAUCAUGCCACUGGCUGGACCGGACAUCCCCAUUGGUCAGCGGUGGAACCUAAGCACUUCAGACAUUGUUCGGGUCAAUAGGCUUUAUGAAUGCAGCCAGACUGUGAAGGGUCCAGGUAAGAAAGAGGAAUGA